CACAAAUUCUAAAAUCCAUAAACCCAAACAAUUCUCUCUCCUUUUCACUACAAAAAAUGGCACCCAUCAAAGUCCACGGCUCAGCCUACUCAACUGCCACCAUGAGAGUUAUAGCCACACUCAAUGAAAAAAACCUCGAUUUUGAGCUUGUUCCCGUAGACAUGAGAACUGGUGAACAUAAGAAAGAGCCUUUCAUUUCUCUAAACCCCUUUGGUCAAGUUCCUGCUUUUGAAGAUGGUGAUCUCAAGCUCUACGAAUCAAGAGCGAUUACGAAAUACAUUGCGAAUCAAUACAGCGACCAAGGAACAGAUCUUGUAUUCAGAGACCCAAAGGAACAGGCGAUCGAGUCUCUUUGGACUGAGGUUGAGGCUCACCAUUUUGACACGGCUGGAUCGAAGCUGAACUGGGAGUUAGCCGUGAAGCCGAAAAUGUUUGGCGCCGAAGGAGACCAAGCCGUGAUCGAGGAAAACAAGGUUAAGCUGGCUAAGGUUCUCGAUGUGUACGAGAAAAGGCUUUCCGAGUCUAAAUACUUAGGCGGCGAUCGGUUUAGCUUGGCCGAUCUUCACCAUUUGCCUACGGCGGAGUAUUUGCUGCUCACGAGCGUUAAGGAGCUAUUUGAUGCUAGGCCACGUGUCACUGCUUGGUUGGCUGAUAUUACUGCCAGGCCGGCUUGGACGAAGGUCAUCGAGUUGAGAAACCAAGCCUUGAACCCACCUAAAUAAAUUCUUACCAAAUUUAAUCGACUGUCUCUGAAAAAAAAAAGAGUAUAUACUAAUAUUCGUUUUUGCCUUGGUGUUUUUAUAAUAAUUUAUAAUUUCAGUGUAUCUUUAUUAGCACAAUAAAGGAAAAAAAAAAAGAGUUGAUUGUAUUAUUUUUAUUUUAUAUGGUUUUUUUAUGCUUUCCUUUAAUAAAUAAAGUUGUUGUGAUGUGAUUUUGGUU